UGGCGAGCGCAAGCCCUUCUUCCAGAAACUGCGAGGAUCCCAGCGAACUGUUUGUGCACCACAAGGGCCUAGAGCGAGGGUCUUCCAGCGCUGGAACCCCGGGAGGCGGGGUGCUCUGUGCAAACCUCGUUCCCUCCGCGAGUGUCGCCUUCAGGCUGUUAUUUGCAAAGAAACGUCUUUUUGACGCAGGGAGAAAUGGCAAAUUUUAACGUCAAGGGCUUAGGUCCAGCGGGCUGACCGUCCCCGGCCAGGGUGCGGUGCCGGGGACCCCACGGCCCCGGCCACCUCCUUCGCCACGACCCCGGAUGGAUGCGCGCCCCCCGCCCGCCCGCGCCGGCCCCAGGAGCUCCGGGUUUCAGGAGCAUCCUUCCCACGCCGGCCCCAGCCGCGGCGCGUAACCGUGGGUAGCGCCCCUCGGAAGGGCACCGCGGAGCAAGAUGGAAGAGAAGAGGCGAAAGUACUCCAUCAGCAGCGACAACUCUGAUACCACUGACAGUCAUGCGACAUCUGCAUCAAGAUGCUCCAAACUGCCCAGCAGCACCAAAUCGGGUUGGCCCCGGCAGAACGAAAAGAAGCCCUCCGAGGUUUUCCGGACAGACUUGAUCACAGCCAUGAAGAUCCCAGACUCAUACCAGCUCAGCCCGGAUGACUACUAUAUCUUGGCAGACCCAUGGCGACAAGAAUGGGAGAAAGGUGUGCAGGUGCCCGCCGGGGCAGAGGCCAUUCCAGAGCCCGUGGUGAGGAUUCUUCCGCCGUUGGAAGGCCCCCCUACCCAGGUUUCCCCUAGUGGCUCUGAACUUGGUGAGGGCUCCCAGCCUGAUUGGCCAGGGGGCAGCCGCUAUGACUUGGACGAGAUUGACGCCUACUGGCUGGAACUCAUCAACUCGGAGCUCAAGGAGAUGGAGAGGCCGGGGCUGGACGAACUGACACUCGAGCGCGUGCUGGAGGAGCUGGAGACGCUGUGCCACCAGAACAUGGCGCGGGCCAUCGAGACGCAGGAGGGGCUGGGCAUCGAGUACGACGAGGAUGUCGUCUGUGACGUGUGCCGCUCUCCCGAGGGCGAAGAUGGCAACGAGAUGGUCUUCUGCGACAAGUGCAAUGUCUGCGUGCACCAGGCAUGCUAUGGGAUCCUCAAGGUGCCCACGGGCAGCUGGCUAUGCCGGACAUGUGCUCUGGGUGUCCAGCCAAAGUGCCUGCUCUGCCCGAAGCGAGGAGGAGCCUUGAAGCCCACUAGAAGUGGGACCAAGUGGGUGCACGUCAGCUGCGCCCUGUGGAUUCCUGAGGUCAGCAUCGGGUGCCCCGAGAAGAUGGAGCCCAUCACCAAGAUCUCGCAUAUCCCAGCCAGCCGCUGGGCUCUGUCCUGCAGCCUCUGCAAGGAGUGCACGGGCACGUGCAUCCAGUGUUCCAUGCCUUCCUGCGUCACGGCAUUCCACGUCACAUGCGCCUUUGACCACAGCCUGGAAAUGAGGACUAUCUUAGCAGACAACGAUGAGGUCAAGUUCAAGUCGUUUUGCCAGGAGCACAGUGAUGGGGGCCCACGGAGUGAGGCUCCAUCCGAGCCUGUGGAGCCCAGCCCAGCUAGCGAGGACCUGGAAAAGGUGACCCUUCGCAAGCAGCGGCUGCAGCAGCUAGAGGAAGACUUCUAUGAGCUGGUAGAGCCAGCCGAGGUGGCCGAGCGCCUGGACCUGGCCGAGGCACUGGUGGACUUCAUCUACCAGUACUGGAAGCUGAAGAGGAAAGCCAACUCCAACCAGCCGCUGCUGACGCCCAAGACGGACGAGGUGGACAACCUGGCCCAGCAGGAGCAGGACGUCCUCUACCGCCGACUGAAGCUCUUCACGCACCUGCGGCAGGACCUGGAGAGAGUUAGAAAUCUGUGCUACAUGGUGACAAGGCGCGAGAGAACGAAACAUGCCAUCUGCAAGCUCCAGGAGCAGAUAUUCCACCUGCAGAUGAAACUUAUCGAACAGGAUCUGUGUCGAGAGCGGUCUGGGAGGAAAACAAAGGGCAAGAAGAGCGACUCAAAAAGAAAAGGCCGAGAGGGCCCCAAGGGCAGCCCCGAGAAGAAAGAGAAAGUGAAGGCAGGGUCCGACUCAGUCCUGGGGCAGCUUGGCCUGUCUACCUCGUUCCCCAUCGAUGGCACCUUCUUCAACAGCUGGCUGGCGCAGUCAGUGCAGAUCACCGCAGAGAACAUGGCCAUGAGUGAGUGGUCGCUCAACAAUGGGCACCGCGAAGACCCCGCCCCGGGGUUGCUGUCCGAGGAGCUGUUGCAGGAUGAGGAGACACUGCUGAGCUUCAUGCGGGACCCCUCGCUGCGACCUGGCGACCCUGCCAGGAAGGCCCGUGGCCGCACCCGCCUGCCUGCUAAGAAGAAACCACCACAGGAUGGGCCCGGUUCACGGACGACUCCAGACAAACCCCCCAAGAAGCCCUGGGGCCAGGAUACUGGCAGCAGCAAAGGGGGUCAGGGGCCACCUGCCAGGAAGCCACCACGGCGAACACCUUCUCACCUGCCGUCCAGUCCUACAGCUGGGGACUGUCCCAUCCCAGCAGCUCCUGAGAGCCCCCCACCACUGGCCCCCGAGACCCCGGAGGAGGCAGCCCCAACGGCUGCCGACUCUAAUGUCCAAGUGCCUGGCCCUACAGCAAGUCCCAAGCCCUCAGGCCGGCUCCGGCUGCCCCGUGAGAGCAAGGGAAACCGGAGAUCGCCAGGUGCCAGGCCUGAUGCCGGGACGGGACCGCCUUCUGCUGUGGCCGAGAGGCCAAAGCCAGAACUUCUCCAACAAGAACCUUGCAAAAGUCCAGUGAAUCAGUCGAAUCAUUCUGUGGAUGCCAAAGAAUAUUUUGACCAUAAUACAGCACAGCCAGGACCUGACAACUUGUCACUUGGACUUUUUUUAAAAAUGGAGUUCUUUAGCAACCAAGUGUAGAAGCAUGUUCGUUGCACACACCCAAGGAGGUGAGCCCAAGCUCUCAGACAAGGAUGCUGUUCUGCUGCUGCUGGUGUUGGAUUUUGGAUCCUGGGCCCACUGUGAGCUCUCCUGAACCCUAAAACUCCACACGAGGAGACUGACGGUGAAACCAGCGUGGCAAAAGUCUCACCAUGGGGAUCCCCUUCACAUAACACGAAGCGCAAAUCAGUGGGAUGGGGAGCAGGCUGAGCACCCAUCCCCGACUCAAGACUUUCAAGGUACGGCAGUGGCGUGGUCAUGGACACUGAGUUUCAUGUGAGUUUUAUCAAAACAGGAAACAAAGAUAAUGACUAAGUUUAAAGGGCUGGACAGAUGUGUCCAGUCGGAGCAGACUCAGAGUGGGCUUUGAGGACUCUGGGCGUUGGGAUGGCAUGAGCUACUGUGUAGAGUUUGGUCUGCCUGGCGCCUUGGUAGUAGUGGCCAGUGCAGCGUCAGCAGCAGCGUCCUAACCCCAUUCUCUGUUUACUGCCUUUGAACAGAUCUUCUUCCUUCCCCGUGCUUCGGGUCACCUCGGGUAACAACCUUGUCUGUGCUGGAUUGCCUGGUCUGACCUCACAGGAAGCAAAGGGACCAGCUUUAAAGAACAACCAAACUCUGCCGGGAGGUGGGGUGCUCAGGUCCAGUAGACUCAGCACUAGCCUGCUUACCCUUCAUCCAUCCUGAGGCAGGGUCUGGGCUCUCUGGGGGCGAGGUAGGGCGUAGGACCAGGGCAGGCAGGUGGUAGGUCUGGUCAGAGUCUGGACUGGGUGGGCUAGGCCAGGAGACCAGCAGAGGGCCUCUACUCAAGCUGGCCUCUAGAUUUCAACCCACUUCUCAGUUGGCUCUUGCUUUGAAUUGAAUUAUCCCUGGGGUCCCGUGUCCUGCACGGAGUCUGGGUGCCUCUAAGGCUGGCUGCCCAGGGCCUGUCAGGCCAGACCCAAGAGCUUUGUCUGCCAGCCAGCUGUCCGCUACUGGGACGCCCGCCAGGCUGCAAAGAAGACAAGGACACUGGCCCUCACCGCUGGCCUUCCUGCUGCCAGCACAGCCCCUUCACUCUGCAGCUUCCCAUCCACCGUACAGGUGGCUUUGCUGCCUUUGAGGUCAGGAUGGGAAGCUGGGGAGGUGGCAGGAGGCCUUUUCCAGCCUAGAGGCUGAGGUGCGUCUUUCACGCAACCGUAUCUGCAGACACUUACUGGAGGCAUAAGCUGCUCUGGAAGUUAGCCCGGCGGUCUUUACCACUCUCCUGGUCCCUGCUGCCCACCUCCUUCCCCCUUCUCACAGUGAGAAAGGAUAAUGUGCAAGGAAAGUAUUUUUAUGGAUCAUAAAUGUAUUUUAGAACAAACGCAGAGAAGAAAGGUUAGAAGGGUUUAUUUUAUUAAAUGAGCUCUGACUUGGUGACAGUGUGUGAACAUUUGCAGUGUGAAGGUCUCAGGUUCCUUGGAGAAGCCACCCAGGUUUCCAAACGUGGGUGUUGGGCUGUGGAUGUGUGAGUUUGUGCCAGGGCACGUCUUGUGUGUCCAUGUGCAUGUGUGUCUGUGUGUCACGUAUGGGCACACAGUGGGACUUGCCAGGGCAGUUUCUAGAGAAUCACAUGCCCAGUUCUGACAGACAUUGGCAGCAGCUGGACUUGGCAUUCCUUGCUUACUGCCAGAUGUGGCCAACCUCUCUGCCCAUACCCCAAGCUCUGCAGAAUGGUCUGGAUGCCUGUAACAAGGCCCUUGGGGAGGCCACUUCCCAUGGCCCCGGCCCAGCUGGCCACAUUGGCCAAAGAGCCAGGGCUGGAGUCCAGGACCUUUGGUUGUUCUUUAAGGCACUUCCUGCCACCUUGUCCCUCAGACGCACAACACUCUGUGCUCCACAUCGGCUCGGGGUGGGAGGAGGAUAUGAAUGUCACAGGAGGAGACACCUUCUGUCUUUGUUUCAAAGAAAGUUGAUGUGCCAUUUGUUAAUAUACAAGAGAAAUAUUGAAAAUAUAUUGAAAAGAGCAAUUUUAAAUUAUUUUUGGCUUAUGUUGCAAUAUUUAUUUUCUUGUAUUAGGAAAGAUUCCUUUGUAGAAAAAAAAUGUAUUUUUCAUUAACGCAAAAACCUAUUUCUCCUUUUUGUACAUUGUCCAUGUUCGCUACCCUUAACGAGCAAUAGAAUGUAUGGCUGCCUCGGGGUGGCCAGUGCCCGCGUGCCCUGCAUGAUUCUGUGGUCCUGCCCCCAUGUAGCUCCCAGUCCCAUCCUGUCCUGCUCACUCAUGGGGGUUUCCAGAGCCUAACCCUCACUGGAGCCUGUGGCUUCA